GAACGCGUCGACUGCUUGUGGUAGAUGCCUACAUGGCAGCUGUUUUUGCAUCGUCGAUAAGAACUGUGUGAAAUAUGUGACGCGUUUGUUGCAUUGACAUCACACGACAGCGCACGGAACCAAUCUAAAACGUGUGUGUCUACUUUUUCAAGUGAGUCUCUCGCGGUUUUGCCCAACUCUGCAUCAUGGCUGCCAAGCUAACGCUGCGGCAAAACUGGCGCGAGUGCGCCGCUUGGAAAGCGGAAAACCUGCCGCUCACCACGACGAACGAUCAAGCCUGCAAGUUGUUCGAUGCGGCGCUUACACAGUACGUGGGCUGGUACGACGACCCGACCCUUGGCGGUCUGUCUGGGACGCUGGAAAGUCUAAAGAAAACGGACCCACACUUCACCAUGGGUCAGGUACUGAGCGUCGGCCUGACACUUAUCGGCUCCGGAGACAACGUUGUCAAAAACGCGAACCUAUCCGGUGACCUCGACGUCCUGGACUCGGUCGCGAGCAAAGGUCGACUGCCGCACCGCGAGCAACUUCACGUAGACGCCGUGCUUGCCUGGUCCCGGGGCCGGCUGUCGCGCGCGGCGUCGCUCUGGGAGGACAUCCUCAUCGACAACCCGACCGACAUGCUGGCUCUGAAGUUCGCUCACGACACCUACUUCUACUUGGGCUACCAGCGCCAGAUGCGCGACUCCGUAGCGCGUGUGCUACCGCACUGGAAGCCUUCCAUGCCUCUGUACUCGUACCUGCAUGGCAUGCUCGCCUUCGGCCUGUGCGAGACCAACCUGUACGACCAGGCGCGAAAGGCAGGCGAAGAGGCGCUCCGGCUCAACCGCAACGACGCGUGGGCCACGCACGCGCUGGCGCACGUGCACGAAAUGCAGGCGGACCCGGACGGCGGCAUCGCCUUCUUGAGCCGCACGCUGGCCGACUGGGAGCCGUGCGGCAUGCUGGCCUGCCACAACUUCUGGCAUUGGGCCGUCUACCACGUCGAGAAGGGCGAGGUCGAGGCGGCGAUCGACAUCUUCGACGGGCAGGUCUCGAAGCGCCUGCGCGACUCUGGCGCCAUGCUGGACUACGUGGACGCCGCCUCGCUCCUGUACCGACUGCAGCUGCGCGAAGUGCCGAAGCAGAAGCUGGCAUCGCGCUGGCCGGGCGUAUUCGACGUGGCGCAGGCGCACUACGACGACCGCGUGCUGGCCUUCAACCAGCUGCACUUCCUGAUGGCCUUCCUGGCUGUCGGCGACGACGGCACGCAGCUCGUCGACCUGCAGCCGCAGCGAGACCUCGGGCGGCGCGAGGACGGUGGCUGGCCCGCCGACCAGCAGCGCAUCCUGGCCGAAGUGGGCCUUCCCGUGAUGCAAGCAAUGGUGGCUCACAACCAGGGCCGUUUCGACGACGCGGCCGAGAAGCUGUCCGCCGUGCGGUACGAUCUGUUGCGCAUAGGCGGAAGCAACGCGCAGCGCGACGUCUUCGACCUGCUGCUCAUCGACGCGGCCAUCAGGUCCGAGCGCCACACCCGUCUGGCUGAGGCACUGCUCGCCGAACGCAGCCUGUUCCGGCCCAAAUCUCCCAUGAUCAAGAACCUGAACGAGGCCCUGGCCAAGCGCUGCAGCCACAACGCUAAGAAGCCCGCUGGCGUUGUUGCGUUUGUCUGAACAUAUACCCUGCGCACUGAGGGUACUGGAAUGGCCUGCUAAGGACAGACUACGGUGGAACAGACUUUGAACGCUUCCGUAUUCAACAAAGGAGAAACGGGGCAGGAAGUUUGCUCGGGACCUUAGUUGUGUUAGCAAAUGUUUCUUUCUUUCUUUCUUUCUUUCUUUCUUUCUUUCUUUCUUUCUUUCUUUCUUUAACACUGUAUGCGAACCAGAACGUGCACUCGGUGAUUUUUUUUUAAUGCCUAUAGCUAAGCUUAUUAUUUGUACGAGCACAUUUGCGAAUGUGCUCCGUCCUUGCACCGUCGUUCAUAUGUAACAUUCCGCUGCAGGAGUAAAACAGUCUUUAAGCGAAAAACAUGAUCGUCAGACGCUCGGAGAUGUAAACCAGCAGGUACCUUGAGAUCGGACUUUUUUUUUUAAUGCUUUCAAUGAAACACAUGAUGUAUCACGAAGACUGCGCUCGCUCACUCAACGACACGCAUGCUAUAGCAUGCGCUGACGCAUGUUCUCUUGGAAUGGCAUAUCCCACAGCCCCACACCCUGCUGCGGUUAGCCCAUUGUGCUGCAGCACACGGGCGUGCGUUCAGAUGCUCAAUGUUGGUACUCCGGCUAACCUCACGGGACGGCCACAAGUGUCACGCGAACGAGCUGUGGCAGUAGGUACCCAGGUGGGCUCAUUUCGACGCGUGAACCCAAAGCGCUCGGACCGCUCACUGCGCGCCGAAAAUAUUGCGCAAGUUGGCAACAGCCGCUGUAUGGACGUAAUCAUAAAUCGGGGCACUGUUCGCGGCCUUUUUCGUACAAAGGUGUUGGAACAAAUUAAAUAUUCACACAGA